GCUAUUUUAAGGUGAAACAAGUAUUUUAUACCAAGCCAUAAAGCAAUGACGAAAGGCAGUCGGACCUCAUAGCAGAAAUUCAAUUGACCUUUCGUUCAAAGAGUUUUGACUUGCAAGCCAUGCAAGACCAAGAUGGCAGUGACCACCACCAACGAGACUACCACACCCGGGAUGUUCUGGCAAACUUUAUAAUAGGCGCUUCCGUGUCCCUCAUAUCCUCAUGUCUUUCGUCUCUGGGUGUCAACCUGCAAGCGUCUGCCCUGAAAGCACAACGAGAGAGGAACCUUGCCUUGGAUGAGUCAGACGAGGACGUCCCGGUUGACCCUCCUGGGUACAUUGCGGAACAACGUAAUGGAGACAAAUAUGGCUCAAUCACUUCACACAACCAUGAUACCAGUCUGGCUCCGUCUGAACCCGAAGGGGCAUCGUUUGUCUGCGAUCAGAGGUCGAGAGGAAGAAAGCCAGAGUCCGUAGCAGAGUACGAGCAGUCCAGCACGGUGAGAGAGCGGGACCCGAGCUCAACGAGCUCUCGAAGCUUCAAGAGUUGGUUUAGUUUGGAUUCGUACAAAACAUCAAAGUCCUCCUGGAAACUGAGCAGAUACAACACGGAUACAUGGCGAGAAUUCUUGAACAAAUGGCAAUGGUAUAUGGGAUUUAGCAUGUAUCUCAUCUGCCAAUUGUUUGGCUCUGUGGUCGCACUAGGCUUUGUGUCCCCCGUUAUACUUGCGCCGCUCGGUUCAGCCAGCCUCAUAUUUAAUGUGAUAUUCUCACGAGUUUUCCUUGGCACUCGUAUCACUGCGUCGGACUGGCUAGGAACGUUGUUGGUCGUUGUCGGAUGUGCAAUAGUAAGCACUUUUGGGUCUGGGGUACCGGAAGAACGACAAACUAUUGACGAUCUCAUCCGCCUGUUUCGCCGGCCAACUUUCAUUGUUUACUUUACUAUUCAAGGAGUACUGGUCCUCAUUACGUUCCUGUUGAUAAAAUAUCUGGAAUAUGGACUUGGAGCUUUGAAAUUUUUUGUUGCCAUUCGACGACGGUCAGCAUCAGAAACAACGCCCCUACUCUACAGAAGUCACAGUCAGAGCGACAUUGCAAAGGUCAAGGGUGACUGGUUGGGUGCUCUGUACGGCAUGUUGGGCGGAACGGUCGCAAGCGAGACGUUGCUAUUAACUAAAAGCGGUGUGGAGCUGCUGAUUGUCUCGAUUUUUCAAACCGAUAACCAAUUUCGCGGUGCUUUCUCCUUUUGUCUUCUCGCUGUCUUGUGUUUCACGGUUUUUCUACAGCUGUACUCGUUAAACCGGGGAAUGCACUAUUCUCUCCCGACAAUGAUCAUACCAAUAUUUUACACCUUUUAUACGGUAUUAUCCUUAUUCAACACUCUUGUGUAUCUGGAUCAAUUUGACGAUUAUAAGGGGCCCGAUCUGGUGUGCAUUGCAAUAGGUGUCAUAGGCAUCAUUACCGGAGUGUGGCUUCUCGCGAGGGGCCACGGGGUGGACGAGAUAAAUACAGGUGGGGAUGUAAUGAACCCAGAUUUCAACGGAAGCCGGGAUAGCCUGUUAGAUGAAGACUUGGCAUCACAAAAUGAAGCCGUCGUAGUGGGUGUGGAAGCAGGGGACGAAACAAGACGAAGGGUGGGUCGUUCGGAGACCGGGGUUGAGUAGGGAUUUUCAACUGGCAGGACUUAUAGUUUACCUUACCUGCCGUCCCCUUUUGCAACUUUUCUGUUACAUGAUCUUUUCUUCUGUCACUUGUACAUUAAUGGCCCUUUGAAAACCAUUCCUGAACUUCAUCCGCAU